AGACUUUUCUUUAAUCGUGUAGUGGUGGUUCGCCAUUUUUGGUGCGCUUCAGCAAAAUAAUAUAAUUGUGCCGGAAAUUUUUACUAACAGUUAUUGAUAGAGUUCUAAUUUUGGCGUAAGAUUUGAAAGGUAGCGAUGGCUGAAUAUUUAGCUUCAAUUUUUGGCACUGAAAAGGAUAAAGUUAACUGUUCAUUCUACUUCAAAAUCGGAGCUUGUCGUCAUGGGGACCGGUGCUCUCGUAUUCACAACAAACCUACGUUUUCACAGACAUGUUUACUUCAGAAUCUAUACGUAAAUCCUCAAAACUCAGCUAAGUCCGCCGACGGAAGUCACUUGGUGGCGAAUGUCUCAGAUGAAGAAAUGCAGGAGCAUUACGACAAUUUUUUUGAAGACGUUUUUGUUGAAUGCGAAGACAAAUACGGAGAAAUUGAGGAGAUGAACGUAUGUGACAAUUUGGGAGAUCAUCUGGUCGGUAACGUUUACAUAAAAUUCCGUCGCGAAGAAGAUGCUGAAAGGGCGGCAAAGGAUCUUAAUAAUCGUUGGUUUGGUGGGCGCCCGGUGUACUCUGAGUUAUCUCCUGUAACCGAUUUUCGAGAGGCUUGUUGUCGCCAAUAUGAGAUGGGUGAAUGUACACGUUCGGGAUUUUGCAAUUUCAUGCAUCUGAAACCGAUUUCACGUGAAUUACGACGAUAUUUAUAUUCGCGAAGGCGAGGGCGUUCUCGCUCGCGAUCGCGAUCACCCAAAGGCGCUCGACCACGAGAACGCUCACGUGAACGCAAUCGGCGUUCAAGAAGCCGUGAUCGCAAAGCACCAGAACGAAACGAUAAUAAUCGCAAAGGAAGGUAUUGAAAUAGUGCCUGUAAAGAUACAACUGGUACAAGUUUUUGAUAUUUUUAUCAGGAUGGCCAAUUUCGAUUUCUUUCAUUUUGCUUUGAUUUUAUGUUUGUUUCCUUCUGCUGAAAUGACGUAUUGUUGACAUAUUGCCUGUUUAAUCGACAGGCCUUUUGUACGUUUGCAAGCAAUUGGGAAAACAGGCUCUUUAUGAUACAAUUUUUAUGUUCAAAAUUGACUAAACAAGAGAAAUUGAAUAAU